GAACAGAGCUGCCAAGGAGGGAUGUGUAAGGUUCUGUUCUCUUCUCCUCAGCCACUGUCCUCGUAUACAAUGAAUAAAAACAGCAAACUCCACACUAAUUCUAACAUAAGAAACACAUUUUUCUCUGAAAUUGGCAUUGGGAUCUCAGCCAACAGCUUCCUUCUUCUCUUCCACAUCCUCAAGUUUAUUCGUGGGCAGAGGUCUAGGCUCACUGACCUGCCCAUUGGUGUCUUAUCUUUAAUCCACCUACUGAUGCUACUGGUCAUAGCAUUCAUAGCUACAGACAUUUUUAUUUCUUGGACAGGAUGGGAUGACCUCAUAUGUAAAUUCCUUGUCUACCUGUACAGAAGUUUGAGGGGUCUCUCCCUUUGUACCACCAGCUUGUUGAGUGUCCUCCAGGCCAUCAUCCUCAGUCCCAGAAGUUCCUGUUUAGCAAAGUUCAAGCACAAAUCUCCCCAUCACAUCUCAUGUGCCAUUCUUUUGUUGAUUAUCUUCUAUAUGUUAAUUAGCAGUCAACUCUUACUAUCCAUCAUUGCCACCCCCAAUUUGACCACAAAUGACUUUAUUUAUGUUACUCAGUCCUGCUCUAGUCUACCCUUGAGUUACCUCAUUCAAAGCAUGUUUUCUACUCUACUGGCCAUCAGGGACAUUUUUCUUAUUAGUCUCAUGGUCAUCUCGACUUGGUACAUGGUGGCUCUCUUGUGCAGGCACAGGAAACAAGCCCAGCAUCUACAAGGUACCAGCCUUUCCCCAAAAGCAUCCCCAGAGCAAAGGGCCACCCAGACCAUCCUGAUGCUCAUGAGCUUCUUUGUGCUGAUGUCCAUCUUCGACAGCAUCGUUUCCUGCUCAAGAACUAUGUUCUUGAAUGAUCCAACAUCCUACUCUAUCCAACUCUUUGUGAUACACGUCUAUGCCACAGUCAGCCCUUUUGUGUUUAUGAGCAGUGAGAAGCACAUAGUUAACUUUUUGAGGUCCACGUGUAAGAGGGUAAUAAAUGUUUGAAUAUUCAUUAAUGGGCAAGAAUCUUUAAGAGGUGCCACUGUGUCGGCAUGAGAACUGU